AUGGAAACAACGGGCUUCACAGCCACGCAGCUCGAAGUCCGAGAAGCAAUCUUCGAUCUGUGCUCCGAGUUUCCAAAUACCUACUGGCGUGAGCACGAUGAUAGCUCCAAGGACCCCGCGGCGUUCCAUGCGGCGCUGGCGAAGAACGGGUGGCUCGGGAUUGCGCUGCCAGAGCGGUACGGGGGCUCUGGCCUCGGCAUCUCCGAGGCGACCAUGAUGAUGCAGACAAUAGCCGAGUCGGGCGCUGGUAUAGCCGGCGCGCAAGCCAUCCACGCAAACGUAUAUGCGACGCAGCCUCUAGCCAAGUUCGGGACGGAUGCCCAGCUGCAAGACACGAUUCCCAGGAUCAUCAGCGGCGAAUACAGAACAUGCUUUGGCGUCACCGAACCCAAUUCGGGCCUCGAUACCCUACGCCUGAGUACGGUUGCCAAGAAGAAUCAAGACGGCAGUGGGUACAGUGUCACGGGCCAGAAGAUCUGGAUCACCUGUGGGCAAGUCGCGUCGAGGAUGAUACUGCUUGCACGCACGAAAGCCAGGGAGGACGCGGAGAAACCAAGCAAAGCGCUGAGUCUGUUCUGCAUACCGCUCGACCGGUCGCCUGGAUCCGGGCUGGACAUGCGGGGCAUCAAGAAGAUGGGCGGGCGAGCGGUUGAUGCGAAUGAGGUAUUUUUCGACAACUACAGUAUCCCUGCGGACAGCCUCGUGGGGAGAGAAGGAGACGGUUUCAGCAUCAUUCUGCAUGGCAUGAAUGCGGAGCGCUGCCUGCUGGCGGGCGAGGCAUUGGGACUGGGAUAUGCGGCAUUGGCAAAGGCCAGCGGGUAUGCGCGGGAACGCCAUGUCUUCCAGCGGCCGAUUGGAAUGAAUCAAGGCGUUGCGCAUCCUCUCGCUGACGCGUACAUGAAGCUUGAAGCAGCCAAGCUGGCGACGUAUCAUGCCGCGAGAUUGUACGACGCGAGCAAAACCGACGACUCUAUACGGCAAGACUCGAUUGGCGUCGCGGCAAACAGUGCAAAGUAUCUUGCGGCCGAGGCAGCUUUCACGGCAUGUGAAAGAGCAGUGCUGGCGCACGGCGGCAUGGGAUAUGCGCAAGAGUACGACGUUGAGCGAUAUCUCCGAGAGUGCUUCGUGCCGCGGAUAGCACCCGUGAGCCGGGAAAUGAUACUCAACUAUAUCGGGGAAAAAGUUCUCGGGCUACCGAGGAGUUAUUGA